CUCUAUAGCGAUAUACCUGAGUGCUCAUGCAGCAAACGGAGAUCUCGGGUUGGUUCCUGACCAACCUACCCUUUAUGUCAGGUUUUCCCGGAGGCCCGAGACAAAGACAAUACCACAUCAUCGGAUGUUUGCCCUCUAUGGCGAUGAUAGUCGUACAUUUGGCGGUUGAAUGAUACUGAAAUUUCGAUGACGGGGCCCGCCGUCACACGGUCAGAGGUCUAGCCUGAUUGCCCCUCUUUCACCAUCCACGCUGUGGGUGCAAAUUCCCACCUAGCCGAUGAUAUAUUGUUGGUGGUCUAACAUUCGACGCCGUCAUUGGGCCUCCGCGAUAUCAUGACAUCUAGCACUCUCGUAGUUAACGCCUCAACCGGCGUCGAACUAUCCUACAUAGACAGCGGUGCGCCGGCUCAGUCGUCGUACAUCACCAUUUUUGCCAUUCAUGGUAUGAUCUUUGCCAGGGAGAUCUUCCAAAGAGUGAUCGACCUUGCUCCAUCCAAAGGUGUGCGGGUCGUUGCGCUGAAUAGGCGUCCCUUCCCUGGUUCGACGCCACUCUCCGCGGAAGAACUCGCUAUCAUCCAAACGGGUGGUACAGACGAUUCUCAGCGCGAGGCAUUUGUCGAGGCUCGAGGACAUGAGAUUGCCAUGUUUAUCGAUAUCUUCAUACAGAAAUUCAACCUCCCGCCCAUCUCGAGCGGUGGCGGCGUCGCACUUCUCGGAUGGUCUCUCGGAGCGACCUUCGCUCCCAUCGUGAUAUCAAAUGCCGAUACCCUUCCGGAAGGCGUCCGCCACCGUCUAGGCGAUUAUAUGCGCUCAUUGAUUCUUUAUGACCCCGCCCCAAUCGCGCUCGGUUUACCCACUCCCAAGCAGAACUGGACGUUCCUCCUAGAUACCUCUGUGCCUGAGAACCUCCGCCUACCAGCGUUCGGUCAGUGGUGUACGUCGUAUUUCGACCACGCUGACAUCGUCGGGCGUGACCUCGACAAACUGUCCUGGGUUCUGGCUUCCCCUCAUCGUGUCCCCACAUUCUUCAAUGACUUGCCUCUGUCCAUUCAACGCUAUGGGGAGGAUGCAGCGACGGACCUGCCAUUUUUGAUCUUCUUCUCCAAGCAAAUUCUGGGAGCGUAUCGUAAAGCGUUCUUUGACGCAGAAGUGUUCCCGGGUAUGAAGAGGGCGUUUGUCUUUGGAGACAAGACGGGUGCUUUUGGUAUUGCUGGGCUGUGGGCGGUACAGGGAGUUGAGGUCUGCGGAUGCGAAGCCGGUGAAAUAUAAGAUUAUCAGUGGAGCUAACCAUUUUGUGCACUGGGAUGAUCCGGAAAAGGCACUGGAUACGUUCAUUGACAUGGCAUAGGCCGAGACGCAAAAAUUGUUCUGUUUAACGAUAUAUGCAUACUAGGAACGUAAACCAUUUAGUGGAAAGUUCAAUGCUAGCUCAUGCUGUAUUAGUGUUGCAACCAUCACAAUCUCUGGCGGUUUGAGGCUAUGGUAAUUAACAGAACUCUGUUACUCGUGAUGAUAGCAUAUGCAAGAGCCCGGAGUGAUAAAUAUAAUCAGUAACUCAGCUCAUUUUCAC